AUGGCUGCAAAACUUGCAGUAAAACUACAUCUUGAUCCUUGUGGAAUAAAAAAUAAGGGGAACACCUGUUUCUUCAAUGCAUCCAUUCAAUGCCUUCUCUCUCUUCCGAAGAUAGUACGAUAUUUCUUGGACAACUCAUUUGACCCCACAAAGCAACCUUUUUGUCUUGCAUUUCAAAAUUUUAUUUUUGAAUACAAAAACAAUAGCAAAAUUUUGGAUCCCUCAGAUUUUAUUGGUAAAAUUAGAGGAAAAAUUAGACUUUUUGAUGGAAAGCAACAGGAUGCUCACUCAUUUUUGGACAGUUUUAUCACAAAACUGUGUGAUGAGCUUGACUCAUCGAGGGAUACUAAAGACAGCAAUAUCAUAAAAAAAGCAUUAAGUAUUUCAAUUGAAGAUAAAGUAAAAUGUCAGAAGUGUGGAUUUGUCUCGGUAGUGUCAUCAUUGCCGACUAUGCAAUAUCUUUCUAUCAAGGAUAGUGUCCAAAAGUCUUUAAAUAGUUAUCUAGAAAAUGAGGAGAGAGUAGAUGAAAGCUCCCCUUGGAAAUGCACAGAAUGUAGCACUCGAACAGCCUGUCCUAUUGUACAUUCCAUUAAGUCCACCUCAGACUACUUUGUCAUCUAUCUUAAUAGAUUCCAGAGCAUUAUCUCGAAAAACAAUACCCAAAUCACGGUUGAUCAGAAUAUUAAUAUUAAUGAUGUGAAAUACGAGGCUAUUGGGAUGGUAUGCCACUCAGGAAUGCUUGAUGGAGGACAUUACUAUGCUUUUUGUAAAAGGGACAAGUGGAUGGAAUACAAUGAUUCUUUGGUUCAGCCAAUAGAGAGACCAGAGCACAGCAGUUCAGCAUAUAUGAUUUUCUAUUCUCGAGCGUAA